AUGCCUGCAAGUCCAUCUCUUAACCGAAAACCAACAAGUCCUAGCCAGAGCCGGCAUAUGCUUGUCGAAAGAUGCUCGACGAUCCGGGCCUGUGAGCCCUGUAAGCGAAGAAGACGACUCUGUAACGGACAGCGACCGUGUGCGCACUGCACAGACGCGAAUUUAGAAUGUGUGUACAGUGUGGUCUCGGAUCAUCCUCGCAGUGUGUUCACCACCAGUAAUGCCCGCCGGCUCAGUUCAGGAUCGGCGUGCGAGACUUGUAGGCGUCGAAAGACAAAGUGCGAUGGCAGUAACCCCUGCGCGUUCUGUGCAGCCAACGGGCUCGAAUGUGUCAAUAACUCGGAGCGCCGCAAACGUGCCAUGGCCACUCCACCGGGAGACAACGAGGCUAUUGACCGGAUCGAGGACCGCCUUCGCCGCAUCGAAAAACUCAUGACCGCAUUCACACCUUCACCCCUCUCCCAAAGCACGUCCUUCACUACAAACAGCAAUGGAAACAGUACCGCCAGCACCGGUAAAGAUCGGGCUGAAACACAGGCUUCAGGUACCCUACAGUACCGCAAACUCUCUUCACCACAUCCACCAUCUAGACCUAUGGCAGUCCGUCAACACCGUCAUUCGGUCCAAGGUAUCAGUGUAGCCAAGGAACAGGCUGAGCUUCGUACAGCAUAUGCUGCCAGACGUGGGUCCGGCAUGGUAUCCAAUGAGGGUGGAGUCUCUGGUUAUACAUCAGCAAAAUCUCCUGUAUUAGCCAUGCCAUUUUCGCGCCCACCUGUUGAUCGGUAUCGGUCCCUUUCUCCGCCCGUCAUCCUCGGAAAUUCUUCUGUAAUAUCAGCAUCAGCAUCAGCAUCAGCAUCAGCAUCAGUAGCAGCAGCAGCAAUAGCAGCAAUAGCUUCAUCUCCACCUCCGCCUCCGCCACUAUCACCCACACUUAUGAUGCGCCAGAACUCGGCUCUGACCAAACAACUCUCGAAACGUACUUUCCCAGCUACUGCAAUGGAAUACCCUCUUACCCACUAUCCAAUCUAUCCUCUCACUCCACCACACAGCCAGCCUCGUACCUUUCCUCAUUCUCCAGACAUGACACAAUAA